AUGAAUGUCAGUACAAGUGCAUUAGGAGUUAGAAGAAGGAAAGUAGCUACACAAAACAUUGAUGAUGAAGAAAACUCAGCACAAUUGAAGCUAGGACCCGAAUUUCAAUUGCAUCAAAUAACAAAUUCUGGAGAGGAACAACAAUUAAUUGCACUAAAUCUAUCAGAAGCUAGAUUAUUAAUCAGAGCUGCCUUGAAAGAACGUAAAAAGAAUAAAAAUCCAAACAAAAAUUCAAAUAAACGAAAUCAAUCAAACGACAACAUCAGCGACUCCGACGAAGACGAUGAGGAUGAUGACAAUCUAAAUAAUACCAGAGAGGAUGAAUUAUCAAAUAUGGAAUUAGCAGGACCGAAUUCAAAUGAAAUUAUGCAUAAAACUUUGAAUUAUUUGACAAAUUUUAGCAGAUUCAAAAAUAGAUCAAGUUGUGAGACAGUUGAAAAAUUAAUUAAUGAUUUCAAUGCUCAUUGUAAUGAAUAUUUACAUCCUUUUGAAAUGGCUCAAUUAGGCACCUUAGAAUGUGAAGACGCUGAAGAAGCGAAAAGUUUAAUACCUUCAUUAACUAACAAAGUGAGUGAUGUACAGUUGCAGAGUUUAUUGACUGAAUUGCGUAAAUAUCAAACAUUGUCAUAA